CGGCGGGAGCGGCGCAGGCGCAGUGCGGGGGCUGGCGGCGGGAGCGAUUCCUGGGCAGGCAUGUCUUCCUGGAGCGACAAGCUGAGUGCUGAUCUCACUGGGAACUUGGAUGGCAGCACCUUGAAGAAGUAUCGUCGAGAGGCCUAUCACAGGGUGUUUGUGAAUAGAAGUCUUGCCAUGGAGAAGAUUAAAUGCUUUGGGUUUGACAUGGACUACACUCUGGCAGUGUACAAGUCCCCGGAGUACGAGGCUCUAGGGUUUGACCUGACUGUGGAGCGUCUGCUGUCCAUCGGCUAUCCUCAGGAGCUUGUCAACUUCGUCUAUGAUCCCAUGUUUCCAACCAGGGGUCUCCUGUUUGACACGCUGUAUGGUAACCUGCUGAAGGUGGAUGCAUAUGGAAACAUCCUGGUGUGUGUCCAUGGCUUUAACUUUAUGAAAGGCCCAGAGAUCAGGGAACGCUAUCCCAACAAAUUCAUCCAGCGGGACGACACUGAGCGUUUCUACAUCCUCAACACUCUCUUCAACCUGCCCGAGACCUACCUGUUUGCUUGUCUGGUUGAUUUUUUCACCAACUGCUCCCGGUACACAAGCUGUGAAACGGGGUGUAAGGAAGGUGAUCUCUUCAUGUCCUUUAAGAGUAUGUUCCAGGAUGUGAGAGAUGCUGUGGACUGGGUACAUUAUAAGGGAUCUUUGAAAAAGAAAACAUUGGAAAACCUGGAGAUGUACGUGGUUAAAGAGCCCAAACUGCCCCUUCUGCUGAGCCGAAUGACUGAGUUUGGGAAAGUGUUUCUGGUCACAAACAGUGAUUUCACGUACACCAACAAAAUCAUGACGUAUAUGUUCGACUUCAUCCAUGGUCCCAAGCCUGGCACGCCGCACCGGCAGUGGCAUUCCUACUUUGACCUGGUCGUGGUGGACGCUCGCAAACCCCUGUUCUUCAGUGAGGGCACCGUCCUGCGGCAGGUAGACACUAAGACAGGACAGCUGAAGAUCGGGACCCACACAGGGCCACUACAGCACGGCAUUGUUUACUCAGGAGGAUCCUCGGAUAUCAUGGGUGACCUGCUGGGGGCCAAAGGGAAAGACAUCCUGUACAUCGGGGACCACAUCUUCGGGGACAUCCUCAAGUCCAAGAAGCGACAAGGCUGGCGGACGUUUCUCGUCAUCCCGGAGCUUGCACAGGAGCUACACGUGUGGACAGACAAGAGCAAAUUGUUUGAGGAGCUGCAGAGUUUAGAUAUAUUUCUGGCGGAACUUUACAAACACUUAGAUAGCAGCAGCAGUGAGCGACCAGACAUCAGCACCAUCCAGCGGCGCAUCAAGAAAGUGACCCAUGACAUGGACAUGUGCUAUGGGAUGAUGGGAAGCCUGUUCCGCAGUGGCUCACGACAGACACUGUUCGCCAGCCAGGUCAUGCGUUACGCAGACCUCUAUGCCGCCUCCUUCAUCAACCUCCUGUAUUAUCCCUUCAGCUACCUCUUCCGUGCUGCCCAUGUCCUGAUGCCUCACGAGUCCACGGUUGAGCACAGCCAUGUGGAGAUCGAUGCAGAGUCCCCGAUGGCUACGAGGAACCGCUCGUCGCUGGACAUUAAGGAAACAGAGAAAAAACGUCACCACCUGACGCGCUCGGUCAGUGAGAUCAAACCCCCCAACCUGUUCCCCCAAACCCCCCAAACCCCCCAAGAGAUUACUCACUGCCACGACGAGGACGAUGAUGAGGAGGAGGAGGAGGAGGAGUGAUGGCUGAGGUGAUGGAAAUCCAGGAAAAAUCCAUGCAAAUGGGAACCUCGUGGCCUCCACUAUAAUGUCAAUUAUCCUCAUUGUAAAUGUUUCUCAAACACAAAGAGCAACUUGGACAUUGAAAUUUUAGAUUUGUCACAGUGUAAACGUGGAGUCUCCAGACCAAAGCUUCUCUCUCAGCGACAUCUCUGCUCCUCAGUCCCCAGCCCAACCCCCAAUCCAAACCAACCUUCAGCCCCAAUGCCCAGCCCAA